AUGGCACAGCCUUUGCGAUCAAGAUCGUGCAGCAGUAAACACAGGAGGUGGAACCAGACCUCUCUGGGAGACUUCAUCCUUCAAGGGCUCUUUGACGACUCCUUCAACCACCAUUGUCUUUUCCUCUUCACCAUGCUGGUCUUCCUUACCGCAGUGAGUGGCAACAGCCUCACCAUCCUCCUCAUCUGCUAUGACUCCCGUCUGCACACCCCAAUGUACUUCCUGCUCAGUCAGCUGUCCCUCAUGGAUCUGAUGAACAUCCUCACAACCAUGCUCAAGAUGGCUUGCAGCUACUUGUCUGGCAAGAAUUCCAUCUCCUUUGUAGGCUGUGCCACACAGCACUUCCUGUAUCUGCCUCUGAGUGGUGCAGAGUGUGUCCUCCUGGCCCUCAUGUCCUAUGACCACUAUGUUGCCAUCUGCCGCCCCUUACACUACACUGUGCUCAUGAGCAGAAGAGUGGGAGUGAUGAUGGCUGUCAUGUCAUGGUUGGGUGGAUCUGAGAACUUCCUAAUCCACAUGGCCAUCUUGAUGAGCUUCCCCUUCUGUGGAUCAGGAAUCAACCACCACUUCUACUGUGAACUUCCAGCUGUUGGGAAGCUGGGGUGUGGGGACAUUACUGUGUAUGAGAACACAGUGUACAUCAGCAGUGUUGCAUGUCUUCUCCUCCCCAUCAUUUUCAUCUCUGGAGCUUAUGGAUUCAUUCUCCACAGUGUCUUCUAA